CCUCCCUCGAGUCGACCCGGCGCGGGCCACGCCAGAUUCGAAUCAAACAAGCCAGCAAUCCCUCGAGUAAAAGAAGCGGGCAGGAAUCUCGGCGAGGUUCCCGGCCGGCGCGUGGCGCGCAGCUGCGGUGCGGCGCCCUUUAUCGAUGGUGAGCGGCGGCGGCGCGGGGGAGGAGAGCGCGCGCGGGCGCGGCGGCGGCGCGGCGCUGCUGGGCGCGUACGAGCUGGGGCGGACGGUCGGGGAGGGCAACUUCGGCAAGGUGAAGCAGGCGCGGCACCGCGGCACGGGCGCGCUCUUCGCCGUCAAGAUCCUGGACCGCGCCCGGGUCCUCUCCCAGCGCAUCGCCGACCAGAUACGCCGGGAGAUCGCCACGCUCAAGCUGCUCCGCCACCCCAACGUCGUCCGCCUGCACGAGGUUGCUGCUAGCAAGACCAAGAUUUACAUGGUGCUCGAGUUUGUCAACGGCGGCGAACUGUUCGACAGGAUUGCCAUCAAGGGAAAACUCUCGGAGGAAGAAGGAAGGAGGCUAUUUCAGCAGCUGAUCGAUGGUGUCAGCUACUGCCACGAAAAGGGCAUCUACCAUAGAGACCUCAAGCCUGAGAACGUUCUUGUUGACCGGAAGGGCAACAUCAAGAUAUCUGAUUUUGGCCUCAGUGCUUUACCACAACAUCUCGGGAAUGAUGGGUUGCUGCAUACGACCUGUGGUAGCCCCAAUUACAUUGCUCCUGAGGUUCUGCAGAACAGAGGAUACGAUGGAUCCUUGUCAGAUAUCUGGUCUUGUGGGGUUAUUCUUUAUUUGAUGCUCGUAGGAUACCUUCCGUUUGAUGACCGGAAUAUCGUUGUUCUUUAUCAGAAGAUUUUCAAGGGUGACACUCAGAUCCCAAAGUGCCUUUCUCCUGGCGCACAAAAUCUUCUCCAGCGGAUUCUUGAGCCCAACCCGAUGAAGCGGAUCACAAUGGCUGAAAUCAAGGCACAUGAGUGGUUCCAGAGGGAUUAUGUUCCUGCAGUUCCAUUCGACAACGAUGAUGAAGAUUCACAGCUUGACCUGGUCCUUCCAGUCAAGGAGGAAAUUAAUCCAUCACCUGGGGAUCAUCAGAUCAAUGCUUUUCAGUUGAUUGGAAUGGCAUCAUCCCUUGACCUCUCAGGGUUUUUCGAGGAAGAGGACGUGUCCCAGAGGAAGAUCAGAUUCACAACAACACACCCACCCAAGGAUUUGUUUGACAAGAUUGAACGUUCUGCAAGCGAAAUGGGCUUCCAAGUACAGAGGGGGCACGGCAAGCUCAAAGUAACGCAAAACUACACUGGAACAAAGAAUCCUAAAAACCCAGCUUCAUUUCUUGUCUGCACCGAGGUGUUUGAGCUUGGCCCCUCUUUGUACGUCGUAGAGAUCAAGAAGUCCCAUGGAGACCCUGCAUUGUACAGAAAGCUCUGCGAGAGGAUCUGCAGUGAGUUGGGCGUGCUGAUGGAGCAGAUCUUCGGGACACGGCCGGUUGCCGAUGAUCUUGCGAGCUUGGACAGUCGAUCCGGGACGCCUUUGGUGGCAUUGUGACGAAGUCUGCCCGUUGCCGUGAUGUAGCGUGAGAUCUAGGGAAGACGAAGCAGUUCAGCUGCAAUGCAGCUAGGAACGAGUGUACUGUAAGUAGGAUCAAAAUUCGCCUGAAAAUAGAGAUGUCAAAAUAGUGCAGGAUCAUAAUGUGUAAAAGAAGCAGCAGCCACUGACGUCAAACCGAAUGUCAAAUCUAAUAAAUGGAUUGUAUUCGGUGGCAUACA